CUUCCAAGUCUUCCUCUAUUUCCAUCUCCCUAUUUAUUCAGGCAAAGCAAAUAAACAACCACUGUCCCUUCUUCUUCUUCUUCUCUGCUAAGAACUCUUUGUUCUAUUACGAGAGAGAUGACUCUCCCCUUCUCUGCAAGAAGGAACUGCAACCUUGAUCUUAUGCUUACUCCCGCCGGCAUGGAUUCUGUUCCGGUCACAACGGAUUCCGGCAACAACUCCAUGACUCACAGAUCAGCUGAAACCCCACAGCAACGACUCACCAUUUUCUAUAAUGGGCAAGUUUCUGCAUGCGAUGUUACUGAGCUUCAGGCUAGAGCUAUCAUAUGUUUGGCAAGACGAGAAAUGGAGGAAAAGAUGAACACACCACGAUCGGAGUCUAUUUCGCCAUUGCAGUCUCAGCUUCAUAAUCCAACGGGUAUGUCGAUGAAGAGAUCACUGCAACAGUUCCUCCAAAAGAGAAAGAAUCGGAUACAAUCUGCUUCCCCUUACAACAACCAACAGAAGAAUAAAAGGGAUGCAUGGCAUCUUCCCCUUCAAUGUGAAGAGUAAGGGAUGAAAAUUGAGGCAAUGAAGACUCUUUUUAUAAACUUUGAUGGCAGCGGAAUAGAUGAUUUAUUAGAGCAUAUAAUUAAUGUAUAUAUAAUAUCAACUAGGGUUUGAAAUUGAGAAGAUACUUCUUCUCUAACCAAUUUUACCAUUGAUUGAUUUGUGAUUUCAUUUCUUAGAAUGACUUGAUUAUAUAUUUCUUGUGGAAAAUGAAGUAUCAAUAUAUUUGUGCU